AUCAGAUAUGAUUAGUCCUUCUACAGAAAAAGGGUUGAUCAUAGCAGAAACAUGUUGACGAUAUUGGUAUAGUAUACUCCUCAGGUGCUCCUGUGUAAAUAUGUUUAAGCUGACCACUAGUUGCCGUUUUUGGCAGUGAUAUCUGCAGUCUUUAGUAUUUACAUGAUUGGAAUAAUAAGAUUAACAGUGUUAAUUGUUGAGUUGAUCAGCAGCAUUGUAAAUAAAAAGACAAAAAUCAACUUGAACCAAGAAUGCCGAUUGCCGGAGCUACUGUUUCAUCGAACUUGUAUCACAUUUCAUCUCUUUUGUCAAUCGCUUUUCGAGGUCUAAUUUUCGCGGUACGUGUUGGUCAUUAUCAGAAAAAUGUUGUGCAAAAGGUAAAUUAAUGUAAGAUUGGCUUCAGACUUGGUAGAGAGUUAAACCUUACACGUUGCUUCACAAAUCAGACAAGAAACAAUUAAUUCUGUAGGGUUACGUCAACUGAAGGAAGCAGCCGAAAUCUUGGAACUUGUGGAACGUUGUCGACAACGAUAAACCUUAUGUUUGUAUUAUCUUUCUCUAUUAUCGUAAAAAUUGAGCAACAUUCUACACAUUCAUGAUCUAACAUCUUUUUGACUGAUUACAAGAAACAAAAUUACAGCGGAAUUUGACAUGGUCGCAUCCUGUCAACAUAAAAUGUGCUGAUUUAUCCUUAGGGAACAACAAAGAUGGUAUUAAUUUCGACAACAUCAUCUUCGAUCAUUUCAGCUACGGUUUUGUCAACGAACUCAACAUGCAUCAAUUCUAUGGACAGCGUGAUCCCGAACGAGGAUUGCAAAUACCUCACCAUCGCUGCCAUGGUGUUCGUCAUCGUCAGCAUCGUCGUCAUCGUCUUCGGUGUCGUAAUGAACAUGUGGCUGCUUGUCAUUCUCCUCUCCAAAGAUCGCAGACACAGGACGGUACCCGAUAUCCUCAUCGUCAACAUGACCGUCCUAGCUGUCAUCAUGUUCGUCUUCGUCGCUGGAGUCAACGUCGUUCUCUUUUCUCAGGAGGCUUUCCAAAUCAGGUUUUUCAGCAACCUGAAACUAGAUAAGGCUAUUCUAUAUUUUCAAGUGUUUAUUGCACUGUCUUCAUUUACUACACUCGUUGUGCUCGCUUUGGAUCGUUUCUUUGCGAUCGUUCAUCCUCUGUUAUCGAGACCAUACCGAACUAAGAGGAAUGCCGUCAUAUGCUGUGCCGGUGUUUGGAUAGUGUGUGGAAUAAGUGUACUACCAAUCGUGAUCAAUGGUGGAACAAGACACGUCUUUGAGAACUAUAACAACCCUUCCUUCAAACCAACUGUCAUCGUCUCAACCAUCUUUCUAUAUGGGCUAUCGAUCACCAUCUCUAUCGCCUGCUACGCCGCCAUUUUGAAAGUCCUUUGGCGCAACCCUUUCCAUGGACAAACUCACUGUGGAGAGCACAAUAAACCCAUCACAAGGCGACGACGGAGGCAGCGAAUUCAAAUUUUGAAGACCGUCACCGUCAUCAUCACCAGCAACGUCGUCAUCUAUGGAUAUUUCUUCGGCGUGAUAUUGUGGAUUGCUUGCGGCGGUCAUACGCGCGUCAGUGCGUGGUUCGGUCACGCGCUGUUGUAUUCCGCCAUUUUGGUGGCGUACUUGAACCCUUGUAUAAACCCAUGCGUCUACGCCCUUCAUCAGAUGAGGAUCAGACGGUAUCUAUCUCGAAGAAAGUUGCAGAAGUUGCAAGCAUGGAGUGGUCGCCCGUUACCUAGCACGAGAUCGGAGAUAAGAGCUCGUGAAGAAUAUGGCAGUUUCAUUUAAUGAAACUUGGACACAACAGAUGCGCUAUUUUUUUUUACUUAAGUCUCGGUCAGUGGCUCAAUUAAUGCAAAUAGAAAAUGAAAGGUAAAUCAAGUUGACAUACGUUGAUAAAGAAACGUUAGUAAAAUAGCUUUAGAUGGCAUGAAACUGGAAUGAUGCGUUUCUAGUCCAAUAUUAAAUAAGAUUCUCAUGAAAAAUAAAAGAUGUGAUGUUGACGACACGUCAAUAAAAAUCUCAUAAUGUUAUUGGUCUUUAAUUGUAUCAUUGAAAUUCGUUAUACUUGAAUCAGAGCUUAAGUUUGUGGUUGGGGAUCUAUCUAGAAUGUAGAGUGACAGAAAGAAUUGGCAUAGAUUCGGUAAGCUAACCUAUAUUGUUGUUGAGUGGUGGUAAUCUAUAAUCUCUAACCCCAUCCCAUGGAUGUAGACCCAUGACAGAAAGAUUAAUUUCUAAAUACAUUAUAUAUUUCCAUUCUAUAAUUUGGACUCAGGCCCCCGCUACAAUAUGAAACAAGAGUGUCGCUAAGGCGAGCACAAUAAUACGCCCGCCUGCAACGCGGAAAAUGGAGUUAAGCAAGAAAAGUGGAAGGUGGCGACUUCAACUUUAAUCUUUGACCUCAAAAUCUAUAGGCUUCCUGGGAUUCAUGCUAGUAUUAUACACACAAAAUUAUAUGAAACUGAAUUUAUCGCGUUUACAAGGAAAAGUUAAAGUACGGACGGGGGACGGACGGACACUGAGCGUGAUACCAUAAUUUAUAUACGUCGCGUAGGACGGGCAUAUUAUACAAAUAAUAUAUAGAGGCCUAACUGUCGGGGAAAAUGUUCGCAAGUGUUCAGCACUCUCGGGGGGUGUUGAAAAUAGGAAUAAACAAAAUAAGAUAAGAAAGACUUGAUAGUAAUUUUUCAAUGCGCAGAACCGGGGCGCAGAAUUCAAGACAGAUUCAAUAAUGUUUUAAUAACACUAAUGAAUAGGCUCCCCGGAAGCAGGUCUGUAUUGGGGCUCACCUUUUUUUUCGGGGGGGGGGGGAGGGGCUUUCGUCCCAAUAUUAUUUUUUAAUGAAUUUUCCUCUAAAGAAAGACCAUUACCCCCCUUCUCCCCCCCCCCUAUUUGUAUAAUAACGGUACUUAUAAUAUUGAUUCGGUGCAUUAUGCAUCCCCAUGCAUGUAAGUGAUUGUGUGUGUGGGUAUGUCAGGGCGCGGGGUGAGUGGUGUGUGUGAGGGUGUUUGCGUGAGUAUGAAUAUUUGAUGAGUGUGUCCGUGUGAAUGUUUUUGUAUUUUUUUAAUUUCAAUUUUCUGAUAAUUGAUAUACUGUCGAUGUAUUAUACCUUUAAUGUAAAUUCAUGGCUCAAUUUAGUUCUUUAAACUACUAUGCCUGUAUGUAAUGUUUGUGAUUUUUACUCAAUAAAACCACUCCUAUCUAUCUAUC